AUGAGUCCAAGAAACUUUAGCGUGGCCGAUUUUCAAUGCAGUGUAUGCUAUCGAUGGUUCCAUUUGGACUGUAUUGCUUUCAAUAUAGGAAAAUCAUUACCUUUUUUAACUGCGUAUCAUUUCAUGUGCAAAAAGUGUAAUCCGAACGGGGAGGAAGUGUUCUCUAGGAAACAAGCCAAUUUCGCUGUGAUGUGUCAAACGGCAUUGGCGAAUUUGAUGUGGAGAAACAAUGGCCGAUUGUAUUUUUCUAAAGAAAAGGAAUUAAUACCUUUCUUAGAGGAGUUUUGGGAAGAGUUAACAACUCAACCACGUAAAGGAAACAACUCAUGGCAUCCAAAUAUCCACAAAACUUUGGUAAGUUGUGUGAAUGAAUAUAUCGUCGUUUUUAGACUAGUAGCGAUGCUUUCAAAGUAG